GUCAGUGCAGCAAGCGGCUGAAAUUCACACAGUCACUCAUUUAUGUUUCAGGCCUCGCUGACCAGUGAAACUUUUGAUUUCAUAAAAACUAUUCUUUUUUUUUCUCAAGCCCUUUCACUCAGCCUCAAACGUAAAAGUCUGAUGCAGAAGUAGUGAGGAAUGGGAUCUAAAAGCCCUAGUGUUCAGUCUUACCUUCAGGUGCAAAGUGAGGAUCUUCAGUAACACGAGACGUCGAGGAGAGGCGCGCGCUGCUCGGCGUUUACUGCGCGGCAACAGAGGCUUGACAGCGCAAAGCGGAGUGUCACCCGUGCAGAGUGGACGCCAGUUGACAUGUAGCAAAGGGACAGCCGCUCGAAAGCGAAGCGAAAGAGGAAUCUUCUGUACGGCAACAGAGACGAUUACAGUUCAGUUAUGCCGCUGGGAAAGAAAGUACGGCCAACGUCGGCAAUGGGAAAAUUAGAAACCUUCCACAUUACAAGUGUUUUAGAAGACAUACAAUCAGCUACAGUUAAAGCUACUUCAAAUGUCCGCCGUGCCCAAACAUCAAAAGCUACCUCCAGAACUGGUGCACCUCUGUGGCAGUUCCCAGAAUUCAAAAAAACAGACCAGCCACCAGAAUGGCUGGAGAGAGAGCUCUUGAAGCAGCAGCAUAGACGGCACUCCAUAAGCCUUGAUGAGGAUCUCUCUGAAGCUGAAAAUGUCCAUCGCUCAGUUGAUCCUGCAAGGAGUUUACAAAAAUUAAAGAUUGAGGAGAGAGUGUCUCUUGAAAACCUGCAGAAGCUUAAGGAGGCUUUUGAGGAAUUUGAAAAGAAUGGUGGGCGAUCACUGGAUGUGGCAAACUUUAGGAGACUUGUUAAGAAGUGCUUAGGUCUACGUGGCAUUAGUGAUGAGCAGAUAGAAGAGCUGUUUAAGAAAAUCGAUUAUUCUGCAAACAAUAAUAUUGACUGGGAUGAAUUUUGCACUUUCAUGCAAUUAGAGUUUGCAGAAAAGGAAGAAUCCAUAGCCCGGAAAAAGGAGGUCAACUUCAUUCUACCUGCCACAGUAACAGAAAUCUCACAUGGGGAACCAGUUCUGAAUAUUCGGUCUGCACCUGACAACACUGUCAUUACAGUCAGAGAAGAUGGAACAAUCAAUUACUGGUCUCCAGAGUUAAAGCUCAAAAGAAGUAAAACAGUCUUUGAUCGUCCUUUAAACAGAACGCCAAAAUGGGUGACUGAUUUUACUACUAUGUCUCAAUACAACAAACUUAUUUUAGGCACUGGUGACAGAGAAAUCCAGCUUUAUGAACUCUCUUCCUUAGAACCUUAUUGUCAAGUGAGUGGACUGGAAACUGUGCCUCUCAGAUUAGACUAUUGCGGGACAGACAUUGAUGAAUGCAUCAUUCUUUAUGGGGAUGAUCAGGGAUCUGUGAAUGUACUGAUAAUAAAAUCAGUUGGAGAGAUUUUAAGAACAUGGAAGAAGCUCCCAAAAGUUGAAAAUAUACCAAACAUUGGACUUGAAAGUGCUCUUCUCUCAGAUAACAUUAGCUUCAUUCACUGGAAAGUGCAUGAUGACUGGGUAACACAGAUCAAAUAUUAUGACUGCAUCAGAGCUGUUAUUUCCACCUCCAACCAUGAAAACUCAGCCCUAGUCGUUGGUUGCACAGUUGGAACCACUAAUGUAGAACAGCAGAUGAAAGAAAUAAAAGAAAUUUGUAAGGAUGGCAAAUUAAAAAAAGGACCCGUUAUAAUUGGACCUCCACAGAAGAGAGCAGAAUGGGAUCAAACAGUGUUUCGAGUCUACAAAGGUGUGAAGACCUAUGACUUCUGCAAGGACCACAACCUCUUAGUAACUGGUGGAAUGGACAGGAUAAUUCGAAUGUGGAAUCCAUAUGUACCAGGUAAGCCAACAGGAAUUUUAAGAGGUCACACUGCACCUGUUUUCUAUUUGCACAUCUCUUCAGAGGACAGCAGGAUCUAUUCAGUGUCUAGUGAUAAUACAGUUAAGAUCUGGGACAUCCAAGAUCAAUCAUGCCUGUUUACUGCAAAUCCAAAAGCCACUAGAAUACGUGGAGAUGUCUUUGCCUGCCAUUUUGCACCAGCACUUAAAACUCUUUACAUUGCGACAGAUUCUUUGGCGUAUCUCAGUCUCAGAAUAAAGCCGCAGCCCCAGCCCCAUUUAAUAGUGUCCCAUAAAGAACCUGUUCUGUGUUGUCGUUAUAAUAAUGAGUUCAGACAAGUAGUCAGCUGUACUGAAGGAUCUGUUGUCAAAGUAUGGGAUUAUGAAAAAGGAAAUCAAGUGUUUGAGUUCUGUGGUGCACAUGAUGAUUCUUCCAUAACAUGCAUGGCCUUUGACAACAGCGGCCGACGGCUUGUCACUGGUGGAAGGGAUGGAUGUUUGAAGAUUUGGAAUUUCAAUAACGGUCACUGUCUUCGUACUUUAAAAAAAGAAGGGGAUAGUGAUGAAGUUUCAGACUGCAUCUAUGUAACAAUGAACAGAAACAGAUAUGUCAUGGCUGUUGGCUGGGAUAGAAGAAUUGACAUAUACUUUGACCAAGCUGAUGAUCUUCAUCAUGUUCAGAAGCCUCAGUUACAUUGGCAGGAUGAUCUGAGAAGAGGUCACAAAGAAGAUAUCCUCUGCAUUGCUCAAUGUCCACCAAAUUUGCUUGCAACUGGCAGCUAUGAUGGAGAGAUUAUAGUGUGGAACAUGGUGUCAGGCCACAUAUACUGCCGUCUGCGGACUCCCCUGCCUCAAGACUGCUCUACAGUAGCUGGUAUUGACAAAAGUGUUUCUAAAGUGAUGUUCUUGAAGAAUUGUGCUAAGAAGAACGAAUCUACUUCAUCCCUUGUUUCUAGUGGGCCACAAGGAUACAUCAAUUUCUGGAACUUGCUGAAUGGAGGAAAGCACAUGGGUACAUUUCAAGCGUCUAGACUUAAAUUAAACAUUACCAGUAUUGCUGUGUCAGCUGACAACUUAUUCCUGUAUGCAGCUGACCAAGCUGGCUAUGUGUAUGUCUAUAAUAUUCAACAGUAUGCUCUUCAAGGACCUGAACAAGAAUCACCAAAAAUGGUGAAUUAUUGGAGAGCGCAUCUCAGCAAUGUUACCAGUCUGGAGAUUAUAGAUGAAGAUAAAAUAAUACUCAGCAGCUCAACGGACUGUACUGUGCGUCUCUGGAGCAUGGAUGGAGAGUUUAUAGGUACUUUUGGUCAACCUGAGCCUUGGAAUAUUUACACAAAAAAUUCUUGGAAGCAUCCUGCAAUACCUUAUGAGAUCCUAGUCGAUCCAUUAAGUAUGCCAGUUCAUCAAGUACUACAGGGGGAGAGCAGCGUCCUGGAUGUCAUUAACAACGGACACAAUGACAGUGAUGCUACUAAGCCUGAACCACAAUGUCUUCAGAAAUUUCCUCGUGUGCUCAUCAGUGAUGAGAAUAUCAAUGAAGAAAUUAACAAAGUUCAUUACCCACAAGGAUGUGGAAAGAGGCUUCGACAUGAGAUCUACAAGGACAUGAAUAAACCUCCUAAUCAUGGUGGUCCAAAGGCGUAUCACAUGCUCAAAUGCUUUGAGGUGAACGAAGCUCCGAGUUCAUACAAGAAACCAGACCUCUCAGCUGCUGGAACUGAUCCUUUUUUGUCAAAUGACACAGACAACAACUCAAAGGAUGUGUUAUAAAACCAAAUAAUACAAAGAACUAAAACUUCAGCUAAGGUCCAUUAAAUUAAUUCAAGACGUCAUGGGUAUAAAAUAAAUAGCUGAAUAUCAUACAA